AUUAACUUGUGGCGACAGAGCUAGGCUGCUGGUUAAAAAACAAAAGGAAAAAAAUAAAAGAAACAAAAGAACACAGAGAAAUCAGACUUUUAGUGAGCAAAAAGUGCAAGUCUAAGAAAGAAAGCAACAAAGACACACCGCAGAUCGCUGCUCUGAGAUGGCGGUUUGUCCUCUACAGUGUUUGACUCUGAAUGGGAGUGGCCGCACACCUGUCAGACCGGUUCGCGACACAUGAAUCCCAGGGACUUCUCCUACACUUUUGUUCUUUGUUAAGCUACUGAACCGCAAAGAGAUGGCAGAAGCAACAAAUCCAGACGCUACCUCUAUCCCAGCGCCGACUAUAUCCUUACCACUUGGGCUGGACAUUCUAAGAACAUACUCGGGUGCUCUGAUUUCCCUGGAAAUUGUUUUCGGGGGGUUAGUAUGGAUCCUAGUGGCAUCAUCUAACGUGCCCGUGCCGUUGCUGCAGGGCUGGGUGAUGUUUGUGUCUGUAACCAUGUUUGUCUGCUCCUCCACAUACCUCGCCCUGUUUCUGCUGGGCUUUGCGGAUAAAAUCAACACUGACUGGAAUUUCAUGGAUAUGAUGUAUCACUUCAUUGCAUUGCUCUUCUAUUUCGCUGCAUUUGUACUUGAGGCUGCCACUACAUCUGCAUAUGCAGGACAAGUGGGAAACACAACUUGCAUAUCCAGGCCAAGUACAAAUAUCAUUACAUUCCUGGAUUUUCGACAAUACAGUAUUAAUGUGGUAGCGACGAUAUUUGCAUUUAUAGUAACUGUUUGCUACGGCUGCAGCAUGUUCAUGGGUUUCAAAAGGUGGAGAAAAUGAUGUAUAGAGAUAGGAAGAGAGAAGCAGAGCAAUAAUUUCCACCAUCACUUCAAGCAUCAGCAGUACUGUCACGGGCAACACAAAGGCUUGAUGACGUUUACACCAUUUCCUAUCCUGUCAUUGUUUUUAUGAUCAGGACCCAAAACAGCCCUUAUUAUUUUUUUAGUGUUAUUAGUAUUUGGUUAUCUGAGAUAAAGACAUGUCUGUAUAUCCUUAAAAUGAGUUUCAACUUACACAAACAGGUAAUCUUGUACUGCAUUUGACUUUAUAAAGUUAGAUGUUCAAUGUUGUCUUUCCUUUGUCAAUAAUACCUUAUUUGAACUCUAAUAUUUAAAUAUUCAAAUAAUUCAAAUAUUCAAAUAUUUUGAAGACAUUUUGUUACGACAGCAAACAUUUUUUUUUUCCACAGCAUUAUGUUUUGUUUUAAAGAAUAUUUGCAACUCAUCAGAUGGGCAUACUAGUAUUAUAUGUUAUUGUAUUUCUCUUGCACCAUAGAGAGAGAGUAAAUCUUUUGGUCUGUCUAGUAUAUUUAGAACGUGUAUUUCCCCUCUUUAAAUCAUGACACUACAUUUAAGUAUUUUUUCCACUUACAUGCUAUAAUCUGUCAUUGAAUGACUCAUUUUGUAUGACCUGAAUAAACAGACAUUUUUCAUCAACCUGCCAA